UUGUACUGAUGGUUGUGUGUGUCCCACGUUGUGUCAUAACAAUAAUUCGACGCUGAUCCUGAAUCCUCUGUGUCGUCAUUGAUCCAUUUUGCAAUGUCUCCAUCUGGCCAAUCAGCCUUCUUCUUUUCAAGAUGUUUUCUCAAACUUCCUGCAGCUGAAACCUCGUGAACCCGUCGCCUCCUCUUUUCCCUCCUCUCUCCUGGCUGGCCCCUCCCCCGCCUGCUGCUGCUGCUUAUCGCCGCGGCGCCGCAGCACUUCAGGGUGAGUGGAGAACAGGUGAGUUAAUGCUGCUGCAAGGAGACGAUGCUGCCUGACUGGAUUAUCGUCCUGAUCCUGCUGCUGCUGCUGCAGGCGGCUGGGAACCGGGCUCAGAGUGGAGACCGCGACCCGGACUCAGAACCGGGCCUCAGCUGCAGCUCUCAUAUCAGCAUCAGGGCCAACAGCCUGACCUGCCAGCUGCUGGGUCGCCACGGAGACGAGGACGACGAGGACGGGGACAGAGCCAUCGACGAGAUGAUAGUGUGCCAGGUGCGGCAGCAGAAGCACAGGAUGCAGCAGAAAUGUGUCCAGGCUCACGGAGACACGGUGAGCGGUCUGUGUCCCGUCGCCGUCGCCAACGUGACGGUCCACCGGCGGGGAGGAGGACGGCUUUCGGCCACCGUCCUGCUGCAGAAGAUCGUAAAACCCAAAAGUCCGUGGAUCGUCAAAGUGACGAUGGCGCUGAUGGACCGGGCUGAGAUCCACUUCCAGAUCCCCUACAACAAAGAUUACCUGAAUCUGAACACCCAGAUCUUCCAGCUCAACCUGUGGACCGACGGCAGCAACAUCACCCAGAACGUCUCGUCAAAUAACUUCCUGCAGAUGGACAGGCAGCACCUCCGUCAGGACUCGGAGUACCGGGUGAGGGUCCGGUCCGUCCCCGUCGGCGUCCUGCAGGGAACCUGGAGCGCCUGGAGCCCCUCGUUCUCCUUCCACACGCCGCCCGGUGAGGACGGCGGACGUCCAGCGGCGCACAGCCCUGAGCUGCGGUCACUGACAUCAUCAUCGAGUCCGGAUGAGACAGAGCGGCCCGUCUUCGGACUGGUCCUGACCUUGGUGUCGGCGCUGGUGGUUCUGUGCGGCAUCUUGGUGGUCUGGAAGACGGGGAUCUUCUCCAUCCUGUGGCCCAGCAUCCCGCACCCCAAGCAGGCGCUGGUCCAGAUCUGCAAACCCAACAAGGGUCUGCUGCUGGACCUGCACCACGAAGUCUUCAGCUCCCUGCGAGUCCUGCCGCAGGCGGAGGAGGCGGAGCCACGCAGGAGGCCCUCUGGGUCCGGGUCCGGGUCCGAGUCCGGGUCCGGGUCCGACUCGUCCCACAGCACCGCCUCCAGCGCCGACACCGAAGAGCUGGAGGUCUCGGCGCUGCUGAGCUGCUCGGACGGCGAGGACAGCGGCGUCCCCAGCGGCGUGCCGUCCCCCAGCGGCGUCCCCAGCGGCGUGCCGUCCCCCGUCGACGUCCCGCAGCGCGAAGACGAGUUCCAGAACCUCCUGGCCCGGCGCAGCGGCCCGGGACUGGAGGAGGCCUACGUCACCAUGUCCAGCUUCUACCAGAGCCAGCAGCACAGCGCCACCAGCUGGACGACCAGCGUCCCAUCUGUCCUUCAGAUCUGACUCCCAGAGACUCUGCUGGACUCAUGCGACCUUUGACCCUCCCUCAGGCAUCUGUUCAUUCUUCAGGGCUCCUCUCAGUAUUUGACCUUUGACCUCAUAUUGCUGCUUCCUGAAUGGACCCGGUCGUGGGAUCCCCGUCCCCAGAACCUGAGAACAACCAGUUCCUCUUACUGGUCCCAGCGCUCACAUUCACACUAACAGGCCUGCAGCCAAUCAGAGCCCAGCAUCUCCAGCGACUGGCCCUGAUUGGCUGAGGAAACGGUUUGAUCCAAUCUGACGGGAUCCUGAUGGGAUCAUUUAUCAUUUCAUUUGGAGAAUAAAGUCAUAAUAUUAUCAGAAUAAAAAGGCAAAACUAGGAGAAGAAGCUGAGAUGUGAUCAGAACCGGCCGGUUCUGAAAGAUCCUCAUUUUAACACAAAGAUUGAAAAAUGGAGGAACUUUCAUAAAAUCAAUCAAAUCUUCCAUUUAUUCUGUUAUUAUGGCUUCACUCUCAUGUCAUCAUCAUCAUCAUCAUCAUCAUCAUCAUCAUCAUCAUCAUCAUCAUCACCAUCAUCAUCAUCUCUCAGACCUGCUGCUGGUUCUGGUUCUGGUUCUGAAUAUUUGCAUCAAACCGGUUCUGAUGCUUUCACAGGUUCUGUUGUAGGUCCAAAUGGACUUUGGUUCUCCAUGAAGCUCUGUUAAACCAGAAGGUUCUGUUGGUGGAACAUGGCAGCAGAACCAGAACCAGGCGGUCCAUUUGACCCGCUCUGGUGGUUCUGACUCAAAGUUCAAAAACAUCAUUGAUCUCAGCAGGGAACCUCAGAGACCUGAUCAGAACCAACCAGAAGGUUCUGCUGGACACCCUUCAUCCGGCACUAGAACCUCCUGAUGGAACUGACCCAUCAAAAGAACCAAAGCACCCAAACCCAACAGAACCCAACAGAACACAACAGAACCCAACAGAACCCAACAGAACCCAGACAGACCCCAACAGAACCCAAACAGAACCCAAAGAGAACCCAACAGAACCCAACAGAACCCAGACAGACCCCAACAGAACCCAGACAGACCCCAACAGAACCCAGACAGAACCCAACAGAACCCCAACAGAACCCAGACAGAACCCAACAGAACCCAACAGAACCCCAACAGAACCCAGACAGAACCCAACAGAACCCAACAGAACCCAAACAGAACCCAACAGAA